AUGCCAGAUGUUCCACCGUCUUCAAUGUUUCCUAAAAUUAGCACUCUAAUACAACAGUUCACUAGACUUUUGAAUAAGGGCGGAUCGACUGGACACCCUGGUGUACGACGAGAAGCGACACGAAGUUCUCUAGAUAUAGGUUGGCAUUACCAGUUAGUACAGAUUGAUGAUGGCAGUCAAGACAGAGAAAAAGCAAAAGAAUGA